AUGGGUUGCUCUGCAUCGAAGGAUACAACGAACUCCAAGGAUGGUGCCGCCAGUAAGGGUGGAAAGGACGGGAAAACUACUGCGGACCGGAAGGUUGCGUGGGAGCGUAUUCGGUGUGCGAUUCCCCGUGACAAGGAUGCUGAGUCGAAAAGCCGUCGCAUUGAACUCUUCAAGCGGUUUGACACGAAUGGGACUGGAAAACUUUCAUUCAGGGAGGUGCUUGAUGGUUGCUACAGUAUACUCAAGUUGGAUGAGUUCACGACUCACCUUCCCGGCAUUGUCCAGCGUGCGUUUGACAAAGCGAAGGACCUCGGCAACAAGGUAAAGGGUGUGGGUGAAGAGGAUCUUGUGGAGUUCCUUGAAUUCCGCCUGAUGCUUUGCUACAUCUAUGAUAUCUUUGAGUUGACUGUAAUGUUCGACACCAUGGAUAAGGAUGGAAGUUUGUUGAUUGAGCUACAGGAGUUCAAGGAAGCCUUGCCGAAAUUGAAGGAGUGGGGUGUUGAUAUCACUGACGCUACCACUGUGUUUAAUGAGAUCGACACUAAUGGAUCUGGUGUUGUGACAUUCGAUGAAUUCUCAUGCUGGGCUGUCACUAAAAAGUUGCAGGUAUGUGGCGAUCCCGAUGGUGAGGGUGCUGCUAAAACUACUGCGGACCGGAAGGUUGCGUGGGAGCGUAUUCGGUGUGCGAUUCCCCGUGACAAGGAUGCUGAGUCGAAAAGCCGUCGCAUUGAACUCUUCAAGCAGUUUGACACGAACGGGACUGGAAAACUCGGCUUCAGGGAGGUGCUUGAUGGUUGCUACAGUGUACUCAAGUUGGAUGAGUUCACGACUCACCUUCCUGACAUUGUCCAGCGUGCGUUUGACAAAGCGAAGGACCUCGGCAACAGGGUAAAGGGUGUGGGUGAAGAGGAUCUUGUGGAGUUCCUUGAAUUCCGCCUGAUGCUUUGCUACAUCUAUGAUAUCUUUGAGUUGACUGUAAUGUUCGACACCAUGGAUAAGGAUGGAAGUUUGUUGCUUGAGCUACAGGAGUUCAAGGAAGCCUUGCCGAAAUUGAAGGAGUGGGGUGUUGAUAUCACUGACGCUACCACUGUGUUUAAUGAGAUCGACACUAAUGGAUCUGGUGUUGUGACAUUCGAUGAAUUCUCAUGCUGGGCUGUCACUAAAAAGUUGCAGGUAUGUGGCGAUCCUGAUGGUGAGGAGAACGGAGCAAAUGAAGGUAAUUGA